CGCUGUUGAAUUUGUUUGGUUAGCGGUGUUGUCAUUACUUUGUAAUAAUAAAAUUCUUUAACGUAAACAUGGAUUUUUUAGAAAAAUACAGCACUUUUGAAUUAUUCAUUGCUUCUGGAUUGAUGCCCGUGGUAUUUGUGUUCCUUUGGUAUUUAAUUAUUGGCGAUUUUAAGAACUUUAAGGGAAGUAAAGUCUCCUGUUCCGAGUUUACUGCCACUGAUCCCGUGAAUUGCUAUCAAAACUAUAAGAAGUCAAAGUGAAUGGAGGACUACCACGGGUCGAUAUGUUGUAUUCGUAAAUCCCAUAGUUGGGGUUUGAUUUCCUGAUUCAUUAGUUUUCUAAUAAAUUACAAAGAUAAGAUAAAAUACAAAAGGGUGUAGCAAUAUA